AUGGCAGCUUCAGCAGCAACAACGCCUCUGGGGCUUUCGAGGAUACCAACUCCUCAAACGCCACUCUCAAGAAAAACUACCCCCGACCAUUCUCACCCUAAACACAACUAUGCACCAAAUGCAUCUAUAGCGCUCAUCGGCAUGCGAGGCAGUGGCAUGUCAACGCUAGCGGUCAUGGCUUCAAGCGCCUUGGGUUUUCGAAUUCUAGAUGCGGAUCAGUACUUCUACAAAGCCACAGGGCUUUCUAGAGCAGCAUACAAGGCAACUAGCGGCAUCUCUCAAUACCGACAAGAGGAGUUGAAACUAAUGAGAUCUAUGCUCUUCGACAACCCGACUGGUGCAGUUAUUGUGUGCGGUCCUGGUGUUGUUGAAGGCACUGGAAAGGAAUGGCUUGCCGAGUAUGCCAAGGAUCAUCUCAUCAUUUACAUUCUGCGAGACGCUGAAGAGAUUCAACGGCAUCUGAGAGUAUUCGACGUGAAAACUAUCCGGGAUCUCACACGUCGUGCAGCACCAGCUUACCGGAAUCUGUCAAGUUUUGAGUUCUACAACAUCUCAGAUAUGACACUUUCCAAGCCGGAUACUGCAACCUCACGCGGCGAUAUAUCGCCUAGGGCUCUUGCACUGAAGAAGGUUGAAGAAGACUUUCUGCAGCUGAUAUACAGCAUCACAAGACGAGACGACUGCUACAGCAAGUACAAAGCAAAGAACAGUCUUUCUUCCAUACCACUCGAGACCAGAAAGUUUACGUACUCUUUGUCCUUACCACUAUCAACACUCAGCUCGCUCAUCACCGACUUUCGUGGACUGGACACGGAAGCAGAUGCUCUUGAACUCACAAUACCGGAUUCAAGUCUUGGAAGUGAGGUUAACAGCAAGGACACUGCCACAGAUAAAAUCAGCAGGCAUUUCUUCGUCGUCAGGAGAAAUAUACGACUCCCAAUUAUAUACCAUAUCGAUACAUACGGAAGUGAAAGGAGAAUCUCCGAGGAUGAGUACUUUGAGCUUUUACAUCACGGGCUACGCCUGGCUCCGGAGUACCUCUGCGUCGAUCUCAAAUGCGACGCAGCCAAGAUUCAGAACCUCAUUACAUCUAAACGCCAAACGAAGAUCAUCGCACACCAUGUCGUUGCCGAUCCAGCAGAAGAUGGCUGGAACUUACCAAAGCAAUGGGCCAUGAUUGAGCGAGCUCAAAGUCUCGGAUGCGACAUCAUUCGUAUCUGUCAAGAGGCGAGGUCCGUGGAAGACAACUUCGCCGCCCAGCACUUUAUCCACCGAGUCAAUUCGUCACCAGAUCAUACCAUUCCAUUAAUAGCAUACAAUACGGGCCGUCUUGGACGCAUGUCAUGCUAUCUCAACCCCAUCCUCAGCCCAGUCACUCACCCACUGGUCCGAAGGCUGGCCCAAGAUUGUCCAUCCAAUGUUCUGCUCACAGUUCAAGAAGCGCAGAAAGCAGUCUUCUCAUCCUUUCUUCUCGACAACCAAUAUUUUGGCAUCUACGGAAAUUGCACGUCCAAGAGUCUAUCACCAGCGAUGCACAAUGCGGCCUUCAAACUACUUGGCAUGCCGCACCGAUACAACAUCUUCCUUCGGGAAUCGAUAGACCAGCUAUCUGAGCUCAUCAAAGAUAACACUUUCGGAGGGGCCAGUAUAACUGCACCGUUCAAGACUGCUAUACUACCCAUGCUUGACUUCUUGAGUGAGGAGGCAAAAGCCAUUGGAGCUGUCAACACCCUUCUAUGUCUGAAGAAGGCUACGAUGGACUCUUUACUUGAAAGAAAUACGGCUGGACCAACAGUAGCUCUGUUUGGUGAGAACACUGAUUGGAUUGGUAUUCAUACCUGCGUUCAGCGAAAUCUAUCUCCUAUCAAUGCUGUCAGAAGACGGACGACAGGGCUCAUCAUUGGUGCUGGAGGUAUGGCCCGUGCUGCUGCGUACGCUCUCAUUCGACUCGGCGUGAAGACUAUUCUGAUUCACAACCGAACUCGGUCAAGGGCAGAAGAACUCAUCAAGCAAUUCAAUAACCAGUACAAAAGAGAAAUAAGGAGGUCUACGGCGGAUGGCAUCGAGAUAGAGAUCGGAAGUCAUGAUGCCCCAUCGUUUAGAGUAAUUGGUUCCAAAGACGACGUAUGGCCUGAAGACCUAAGCCUACCCACAAUUGUCGUCUCGUGCGUGGCAACACGAGAAAUCGAUGGGCAGUGCUCAGCAGACACGAGUCUCCCAGAUCAUUGGCUUUCAAGCCCGACUGGUGGCGUCGCAAUCGAGCUAUCGUACACACCACUAGAGACUCCAUUGCUUAAGCAAAUUAAGUCGUUAUCAGAGAAGGGAUGGAUACCUGUUGAUGGUCUGCAGGUCCUACCAGAGCAGGGAAUGAUGCAGUUUGAGUUAUUCACCACGAGGCGAGCACCAGCUAAUCUCAUGAGAGACGAGGUGUUUAGAGCAUAUAAGGAGCGAUUAGAAAGAGAAGCGGAUACAUAG